AUGGCGACAUAUCUCACGCCUAUGCCACCGUUUGACCCUGAUGCUGACGCGGGAGGAAAUAUAGCGGCUAAAUGGCGUACUUGGUUGGCAGAUUUCAAAACAUUUCUAACGGCGAGCAACAUUACAAACAAGACACGCCAACGAGCAUUACUUUUAUACCAAGCAGGACCGCGAGUACGGGAAAUCUUUCGACACUUUCCAGACCCUGGUAACGACGACGACUUCGAUAAAGCGACGGAACUUCUCACCGAAUACUUCGAGCCUCAAAAAAAUCGAUUAUACGAAGUCUACAAAUUUCGACAAGCAAAACAGAGCGACACGGAAACGAUAGAUCAAUACCACACGCGUCUACGAACACUGUCAAAAAACUGUGAGUUUUCAGAUGUAGAGUUCGAAAUUAUGGUACAAAUUGUUAUUGGAGGAAAGUCAAGUCGCGUGCGUAAACAAGCGUUGCGAGACCCCAAGUAUGUUUUAAAAGAUCUUUUGCUCGCAGCCAGGCGGGAAGAAAUAAGCAAGACGCAUGCAGCUGACAUUGAAGGACAUUUAGACAGCUGCAAUAUUCAAGCAGUUAAAACGCCAACCGCGAAAGAAACAAAACACAAGACAUCCAAUAAGACAUGUUUUUACUGUGGUGGCAGCUACCCUCACACCAACAAACCGUGCCCUGCCAAAAACAAGACAUGUGCCAAUUGUGGUAAACUAAACCAUUUUGCUAGCCAGUGCCGCAGUAGCAACACGAGAGAAAAUAGACAAACUGGUAAACCACGCGAAGACCUACGACCAGUUAACACAGACCUCCAGGACAACACUAGCAGCGACAGUAGUGGUCCAGAAUAUUGUUACGCGGUCAACAACAAACAAAAACACCCGCAAGCGUCAAUUGCUCUCAAUGGACAAAGAGUAAAAAUGACCAUUGAUACGGGGUCAAGCAUAAAUGUAAUCGAUAAACACACGUUCCAACAACUGCGAGAUAUCCGACUUCAGCCAACAUCCGUGAAAGCAUAUCCCUUCAAUUCCACAACACCUGUGAAGAUGGAAGGAAAAUUCCGCGUUUUAGCAGAGUCGAAACACAAAUUCACGGUAGCUACCAUAUUUGUUACUUCUGACGACGGCGGUUGUUUACUUAGUUCUGAAACUGCACAAGAACUUGGACUCGUAAGUCUCCAUUUAAAUCAGAUAAACAAGGAAACAGAACGUUCAAAAAUCACACCAACAACGAGCGAUAAAAACCUCGCACGCAUCCUAGAUAAACAUGGCCCUGUGUUCUGUGGACUUGGGAAACUAAAGAACAAACAAAUCGAAUUAGUUAUCGAUGAAACCGUUUCACCAGUUGCACAACCGCAGCGCCGAGCACCGUUCCAUUUACGCGGAAAAAUUGAAGAUGAAAUACGCAGAUUAGAACAGGAUGACAUCAUUGAGAGAAUACCCGAAGGAAUUUCAACGGAGUGGGUUUCCCCAGUCGUCGUCGUCCCAAAGCGUGACGAUAAGAUUCGAUUGUGCGUAGAUAUGCGAGUAGCAAAUACAGCUAUUCAGAGAACUAGACAUCCCAUACCCACUCUAGAAGCUGUCUCUAUUGAGCUUAACGGAGCUCGGUUUUUCUCAAAACUUGACCUAACUCAAGCCUACCAUCAACUGGAGCUGAACCCAGCAUCUCGGGGAAUAACAACUUUCUCCACUCAUCUCGGUUUAUAUCGCUAUAAAAGAUUAAACUACGGCACAAAUGCUGCAGCGGAACUCUUCCAACACACCCUACAGGAGACAUUACAAGGAAUUCAAGGAGCUAAAAACAUCGCAGAUGACAUCAUCGUGUUUGGAAAUACUCGACAGGAACAUGACCAAGCAUUAGAAGAAGUACUUACACGUCUGCAAGAGAGUAACCUGACUCUCAAUCUACAAAAGUGCAAAUUCCUCAAAAAGAAUCUUGAAUUCUUUGGACUGGUAUUCACAGAACAAGGUGUUAGCCCAGACCCCAAGAAAGUGGACGCUUUCGCCAAUACAAAACCACCAACAACAGUCGAUACCAAAAACAACCUUGCUGAAGAAUACAUAAACUUCAUCUCGACUAAUGCCGCGCAAACCACAAUUCCAAUACAAGUUAUCAAGGAACAUACGGAAAAGGAUCCCAGUCUCAAUGCAGUAAGAGAAGCAGUUAAGUCUGGUAACUGGGGCAGCAGUCAUGUAAAGCCAUUCAUAAACAUCAAAGAUGAAAUAACAGUGGACCAUACAAAUGGUGUAAUCCUCCGAGGAACACGUAUUAUAAUACCAUCAACUCUACAAGCGAAGAUAGUAAAACUUGCCCACAGCGGUCAUCAAGGACUUGUCAAAACAAAAGCCUUGUUACGUCAGUAUGUCUGGUUCCCUAACAUUGAUAAAGCUGUAAAAGAAGAGAUCGAUACCUGCUUUCCGUGCCAAAUUAAUGGUCCAACCGAUCCACCCCAGCCUUUACUAACUCCAGAAACGCCGGACGGUCCUUGGCAAACUGUACAUGCAGAUUUCUACGGCCCGCUUCCCACCGGACAGUAUAUCAUAGUGUUAAUUGAUAAAUAUUCAAGAUACCCGGAGGCUGAAAUCAUCACAAGUACAUCUGCUAAAGCACUUAUACCAAAAACCGAUGCUAUCUUCGCGCGACAUGGAAUUCCACUGAAAAUAAAGACGGAUAACGGUCCUCCUUUCAAUAGUAAAGAAUUCAAAGAUUAUUUAACAAAGAUUGGCGUAGAACAUGAGACAUCAACACCUGAAUGGCCACAAGGUAACUCAGAAGCAGAAGCUUUUAUGAAACCUUUGGCAAAAGCAAUCAAGACCGCUCGUUCAGAACAUCGUAACUGGGUCCAAGAACUUUCGAGGUUCCUGUUAAGCUAUCGCACCACACCCCAUUGUUCUACCAACAUACCGCCCGCUCAGCUUCUCUUUAAUCGGCCUGUCAGAGGAGUCCUACCCAUGUUGAACCCAAAAGCUAAAGUACUAAACAGACAUAAAGAAGCCAAAUCGAAUGACUCCAAUGCCAAAGACAAAGGGAGAGAAUACGCAAACAAACGAAGGAGAGUGGCGCCGUCAGAGAUACAAGUGGGAGACACAGUCAUUCUUAGACAGAAAAAGAAAAACAAAUUUACAACCAAGUUCGAACCAACUCCUUACACGGUGCUUGAACGUAAAGGAGUUACAAUAGUAGCUGAAAACCAAAGACAUAAGGUGACAAGAAAUGUAUCGUUCUUUAAGAAGAUACCAGACGCCGCAAAGGAAUCCGAAGAUGAAGAUGAUUGGAACAUACCGACAGGAAAUGCACUCAUCGAACGAGCAGCGGACGAACCAACGCCAGAACCAGUGGUGAGAAGGUCAACAAGGCAGCGUAGACAGAGAGAACUUUUUGGAAAUGCAAUAAACCCAAACUUGAUAAUUCAUUAA